AUGGCUGCCCUCCUCUCCAACUCCGCCCGUGUCGCUCUGCGCUCGGGAGCUUCGGCUACUUCCAAGGCCGGAGCUGCGGGCUUGACUUUCACCCGCGGCAAGGCUACUCUGCCUGACCUGGCUUACGACUAUGGCGCCCUUGAGCCUUCCAUCUCUGGUCAGAUCAUGGAGCUCCACCACAAGAUGCAUCACAACACCUAUGUUACCAACUAUAACAAUGCUAUCGAGCAGCUGCAGGAGGCUCAGGCGAAGAACGACAUCGCCGCACAGAUUGCCCUCAAGCCCGCCAUCAACUUCAAUGGUGGUGGUCACCUGAACCACACUCUCUUUUGGGAGAACCUGGCCCCCAAGAACUCUGGUGGUGGUGAGGCCCCAUCUGGCGCUCUGGCCCAGGCCAUCGACAGCACCUACGGCAGCCUUGGUGAAUUCCAAAACAAGAUGAACACUGCCCUCGCCGGUAUUCAGGGCAGCGGCUGGGCCUGGCUUGUCAAGGACAAGCAGACCGGCCAGAUUGGCAUUCGCACCUACGCUAACCAGGACCCUGUUGUUGGUCAGUUCCAGCCCCUUCUGGGCAUUGACGCCUGGGAGCAUGCCUUCUACCUGCAAUACCAGAACCGCAAGGUUGAGUACUUCAAGGCCAUCUGGGAUGUCAUCAACUGGAAGGCGGUUGAGAAGCGUUUCUCGUAA